AUAUAAACAGUUGGGUUUUAAAAUUCAAAGUGAUCGUUUGCAGUUACGGAAGAGUCCAGUUAUAAUUUGAAUUAAAAAAAGCAAAAAAAACUGAAAGUAAUUUCAACAAAUUUGUGUUUAUUUUGAACAAAAAACAUUAAUAUUCCCACAGAAUAUUCUUAAAAUCCUCAACAAUCAAAUAUGACUCAGAAAAUUUUUGGUUUAUUUGUGGCCUUAUUGGCAGUCGCUAAUGCACUCAAGGUGCCCGUAACCGUAUAUUAUGAAUCACUUUGUCCAGACAGUGCUAAAUUCAUCACCGAACAAAUUUAUCCAGCUGUUAAAGGCGAUUUAAAAGACCAUGUUGAAAUAACUUGGGUACCCUAUGGUAAAUCAUCGUAUUCCACCCAAGGUUCAGAAGUUAAUUUCAAUUGUCAUCAUGGUCCUAACGAAUGCUACGGCAAUAAGGUGCAUGCUUGUGCUAUUGAUCACAUUCAAGCCAACUCAUAUGAAGCUCAAUAUACACGCGAAUCUUUGACAUUGGACUUUAUAAACUGUAUGAUGAAGGCUGGAAAGAAUUUCCCCGACAAUGUGUAUCCUGGUGCCAGAUGUGCUCGUGACAAUCACAUUAAUAACUGGGAAAAUAUACAGCAGUGUGCCAACAGCACUGAAGGCAGCCAGCUUUUAAUGAAACACGGUCAAACUACUAUGGCUUUCCAAAACCCUUUGAUCAGUGUACCCACUGUAGUAUUUAAAGACCAAUACGACGGUAAAGUAAAUGAACAAGCCCAAAGUGAUUUCGUUGGAGUUAUGUGCAAAUACUUUGUCCAACCUUUGCCUAAAAUGUGCGCCAGUCGCAAUUCGGCUGUAAGCAUUGCUACUACACCUUUAGUGGGUCUUUUGGUUUUUGCCUUUGCUAAGCUUUUCAUCUAAACUUUUUCUCAAAAAGCUUUAAUUUUAUUUUUCAUGCAUGCAUCGAAUUCUCUCUUUUUAUAUUCGAUAUAUGAUUUUUGUAUAAAUACAUAUAUAUAUUUAAUAUUUUUUUUGUUAAUUUCAGAAAAUGUAAGAUCAUGUAUAAAAUUUUCCGUCCAAAUACUUGAGUGUAUAUAAAAUAGAAUUUAAAUCCAGAUUCUCAAAAUAAAUAUAACAUAUAUUUUAUAUUAA